AUGGAACGCCAAUGCAUGGAACGCCUGCAAAACGACUACGAUGCCAUUCUCAGAGCCCUUCCUCCACUUAAGGGACCGGAAGAUCUCUACGCGAGGAUCAUCAGGGCGCGUCGACAAUACUGGGUCUCGUGGAGAUCCGUCGACAACUUGGCGAUUCGGACGUUAAGGGCCUCAAGAGAUCCCUGGCAGGAACGUUACGCUUCAUGUCGGGUAUUAGUGGAGACGGUCGAAAGGAUCGAACUCGAGCUUCUCCUUGUACGUUCACAACUCGUCACUCUUUGGGCCUUACCGAAUCUGUUAAUUGCAACGCAUAGGGUCGAACCGGAAGUAUGGAGGAUGCUAAUUAGUAGACCGCAAUUGGACGAUGAUCGCAACCCACUACUCGUCCACAACCAACUAAUGGAAAGGGCGAUACUCGAUAGAUUGGGAAUACUCGGAGAUCAAGCAGCGAACCUACGAGAAUAUGGCAACGUACUCGAACUUGAAUGCCAUCAAAAGGACAGCCAGUCCCGGGACCAGCUACUGGCCGCGUUAGAGUCGAUGCGAAACCUCAUUUCCGACUUUGUGGCUGUUCCGGGGCCGUGUCUUCACCGAACAGCAGAUCGUUAA